UUGGCUCGAGUCGAGUCGCGUAUGUUUGCACUAAACCGACAUAGUUGCCACCGCGAGUGUUCCACGGUUUCUAGUAGUCACGGAGCAGUUGACCAUACGAUCGUGGGAUUGUGACGCCGCACGAGACGGAUGAAUGAUGGAUGCAUGCGCCCAUGGACGUACACCACCGGCGCGCAAUAUAUGCAAUUAAGCGUGGUAGGGAGGCGAGCCGAUGGUGGGAAAUAGAACCGAGUCCGCAUCGCCGCCCAUGCUACUGUACUGUACUGUAGGAGAUAGACCUCUGCCACGUCCGCUGUUGUCCACCUCCCUUUCAAGGUUCCCAAGGUUUUGCUUGCGAAAUAACAUCGUCACUCCUUCUUUUUCGGAUUCUACACACGAGCUGGACCUCUUCUUCGGACUUCUGUUUUCUCCUUCCUCUCCUUCGUCUUCACCUCAUUCGCAUCGUACCUCUUUUUUCCUUCGGGCAUCUCGUCCUGUUCUGUUCGGUUCGGUUCGGUGUUGCGCGGUUGGGCCAGUGUCGCGUCAUCAGUGCGGGGCGACUGGGAAUUUCGUGUGCACAAAUCCAAGCCGCACAACAUCAACGUCGCGUGCCUUCACCGCAGAGUCUCACGGGUCCGACGCCAACAGUGCAUCUCUCGCGCGGCAGGUACAUCGCGUGCGGAAAGCAAUCAGCAUACUGCUCUCAUAUCGAUCUUUCAUGACUUACGUUGACGAUUUCACGGCCGCAUAAAGAAACACAUCUGGCGCAAGCCUCGAGCAUCAUUUCCAGCAUUCCUUCUCCAGGCCCCUUAUCCAUAUCCCAUUCGCGCGGCCUUGGCAAGAUAUUCAUAUCCCGAUCCCUUCAUCAUCAUGGCAGAUUUCGCAUUUACACGUCAAGAUGAGUCGGGCAACUCACUUGGUAAGUUUCCUCUGUUC